GGCAGGGAGAGGCCAGGUGGCUGGGUCCUGCCACGUUAGACACCAUGGUGUCCCGGGGCCGAGCCCGCCUGGGCCCCCAGUAUGUGGGCCUCUGGGACUUCAAGGCCCGGACAAACGAGGAGCUAAGCUUCCGGGCAGGCGACCUCUUCCACGUGGCCCGGAAGGAGGAGGAGUGGUGGUGGGCCACACUGCUGGACGCAGAGGGCGGGGCCCUGGCUGAAGGCUACGUGCCCCACAACUACCUGGCCGAGAGGGAGACUGUGGAGUCCGAGCCGUGGUUCUUCGGCUGCAUCUCCCGCUUGGAAGCCUUGCACCGACUGCAGGCAGAUGGCACGGAGCCAGGGGCCUUCCUGAUCAGGGUCAGCGAGAAGCCGGGCGCCGACUAUGUCCUCUCAGUGCGGGACAGGCAGGCCGUGCGGCACUACAGGAUCUGGAGGUGUGCUGGCCGGCUGCACCUCAGCGAAGCUGUGUCCUUCCCCAGCCUGGCCCAGCUCGUGGGCCACCACCAGGCACACAGCCUGUCCAAAGGCCUGCGGCUGACUGUGCCCUGCUGGAAGCACGAGCGGGAGCCCCUGCCCCUCUGUGCCGACUGGGAGCGGCCCCGGGAGGAGUUCACGCUCUGCAGGAAGCUGGGGGCCGGCUACUUCGGGGAGGUCUUCGAGGGGCUCUGGAAAGGCCAGGUCCGCGUGGCCAUUAAGGUGAUUGCCCGAGACGACCUCCUGCACCAGCACACGUUCCAGUCGGAGAUCCAGGCCAUGAAGAAGCUUCGGCACAAGCACAUCCUGGCGCUGUAUGCGGUGGCGUCCGUGGGGGACCCCGUGUACAUCAUCACAGAGCUCAUGGCGAAGGGGAGCCUGCUGGAGCUCCUGCGGGAGUCUGAUGAGAAAGCCCUGCCUGUCUUGGAGCUGGUGGACAUUGCCUCCCAGGUGGCUGAGGGCAUGUGCUACCUGGAGUCGCAGAAUUACAUCCACCGGGACCUGGCUGCCAGGAACAUCCUCGUGGGAGAGAACAACAUUUGCAAAGUGGGGGAUUUCGGGCUGGCCAGGCUCAUCAAGGAGGACAUCUACCUUUCCCACGACCGCAACAUCCCCUACAAGUGGACCGCCCCCGAGGCGCUCUCCCGAGGGCACUACUCCAUCAAGUCCGACGUCUGGUCCUUCGGGGUCCUCCUCCAUGAGAUUUUCAGCAGGGGCCAGACGCCCUAUCCAGGCAUGUCCAACCACGAGGCCUUCAUGAGAGUGGACUCUGGCUACCGCAUGCCCUGCCCCCCCGAGUGCCCGCCCAGUGCCCACAGGCUGAUGCUCGCAUGCUGGCACCGAAGCCCUGAGCAGAGGCCCUGCUUCCGAGCCCUGCGGGAGAAGCUCUGCAGCUUCACCAGCUACGAGAACCCAAUCUGAGUGCUGAGUGGUCCUCCCCACCCACUGCCUGGAGGUGGCAAAAGGCACGACAGCGCCUAGAUCCAGACUGUAUACUCGGGGCAGGAAGCUGUGCCAGCCACCAGGGCGCCCUGCCCUGGGCAGAGAUGCUCUCUGUGGCCCGGAACUGAGACUGCCUCUUCUGAGACACCAGCACCAGAAACAUGCCAGGCCCUCCCACCUGCCUCGACGUGGAGCCGUGCAGGAGCGGGGAGCGGAGCUGUGCCUGGCACCGACCCAGUCCACCAGUACAUGGUGGGAACCUGGGUCCUGGCUGUGCCCUCCUUUUGCCAUCUGGCCCCUGCCUGCCCCGACUCGAGGGUGGGAAGACACCCCAGCACUCAAACAGGCUCUGCUGGUGGUUGGGCGCUACCACCUACCAUCCCAGGACCAGGUGGCUGCCCCAGUCUCCCUGCCACUGUUAUCAGGAGCUGCCUCCGAAGGCUCUGGGGCCUGGUCUGGACACUAUGGCCAGAAAGAUGGGGUGGGGCACUUGCCCAUCCAGCUUUGGGAUCACAGGAGAGCCUGGGUAAGCCCCCACCCUACCUGGACACACUGAGGGCAGGCAGGACAGAGGUGCUGCCCUUGGGGGCCCCAAGCCCCCCCAGUUGCCUUGGAAUAGACUCAUGCAGCGAUCUAUAGCACAGGGUGGGAGGGGAGGGGGCAGGAGAGGAGGGCUCCCUCAGCAGCCAGCUGAGUCCCACCUCACACCAUGCCCCCACCAAGCUGCCCUCUCCUGGCCAACAGAUGGGGGUCAUUCUGUUGGCCACUGGAGACCUGUGGACACUAGGCAGGCAGAUAGAUUGCACAACCACCCUUCCCAGCUCCCUGAGCUGGACUUCGCCCAAAGCUGGGCUGCCUGUGGUGAGAACACCCCCUCUGGAGCACCCCGCUCCUCCACCCUCAGCUGUUAAGUGCCCGGGGCCAUGGCCCGACCCCUCCUGGGCUGGGAGGGCCCUGCUCAGUGUCCUACAGGGGCUAGCAGUGGCACUUAUGGGAAGUCACCUGGCAGACAGUGUGGCUCAGUGCUUGUUCCAUACCAGUUGGUAGGGACAACCUUUGCCUGUCCCUACCCCUCCCUCCCUGGUAUUGAGGGGCCUCAUGUCCUUCAAGGGGCACCAGGUCCCUCUAGCUGACAGCUCCCAAACCCAUAGCCUCCCAGAGGCCAAGGGGCAGGGGCUGAGUGACCUAGUAGACAUGACCUCAGGGUUACAGAUCACGGACCACCCACUCUCCCAGGUGCCCACCGCUCUCAGGUCCAAGGCUCCACACGCAUCACAGCAGCUCACUAGGGGUGGGGGAUCGGCCAGGCCUGAGGUAGCCCCCCAGCAAGGAGUCCCCGGGGGCAGGGCCAGCUCCCCACCUCCAGCAGGAAGUGAGGAGGUUGAGUGACUUCUCCUCACUGCCUGGGACACACAGCUCAGGAACACCAUCAGGGAUGCUGGCUGCUUCUCAUUUAUUUUCCACUUGGUGCAAGGCACAUGGCUAUGGGGUGUUAGGCAGGCUUGCGUGUGGCUUGGGUAGUAAAGAGUGAGGCUCUCUCAACUU